AUGGUGGUCGUGGGGAAGACCAGCGCCAUUGCGGCAGGCGUUUGCGGGGCCUUGUUUUUGGGUUAUUGCAUUUACUUCGACAGGAAACGAAGAAGUGACCCCAACUUCAAGAACCGCCUGAGGGAGAGGAGGAGAAAACAGAAAAUUGCUAAAGCGAGAGCUGGUCAGUCAAAGUUACCUGACCUUAAAGAUGCAGAGGCUGUUCAGAAGUUUUUCCUUGAAGAAAUUCAACUUGGAGAAGAACUACUAGCACAAGGUGAUUUUGAAAAGGGUGUGGAUCAUUUGACAAAUGCUAUUGCAGUUUGCGGACAACCACAACAGCUUCUUCAGGUUUUACAACAGACUCUUCCACCACAAGUCUUCCAGAUGCUUUUGACUAAAUUACCAACUAUCAGCCAGGUAAUACUCUUUACAUUCCACUGUGAAUGA